CGCCGGAAGUGAAGCUGCCAGACCACCGGCUAAUGGAUGCGGAGCGGAGGGCCCGCUGACCGCUCUCGGCGCCAGGGGCGGCUUGGCUUGGCUGGAGCUGAGAGACACCCAGACACGCCAUUGUGCAGAGUUGGGUGAUAUCUUCCUGUGCUAGAAGCAGAAGACAUAAGCUCCGUGGCUGUCAUGGAACGUUUUGGAACGCAUAAACAGGAGCCCAAGCCACUCUGCUGGGAGACUUCCCUCCAGGAGUUCUGGGUGCAAGAGUGAAGGCGACUCCCCACUGGCUAGAGAGAGGUGAGGUGGCAGAGACCCGGAGGGCCGUGAAAGCAGCUCUUGCACACGCUUCCGAUGGGGCAGCCCCACCACGUGGCUGCGUGAGAGAAACAGCAGCCACUGGGCUGCAGAGCCACAGGCCGUGGUCCUGUCAUAACUGAGAUACUAACCACCCACCUCGGGUCAGGUCUGGAGACCUCACGGAAAGUGCCGAGCUCUUGCCACUGGGCAGUAAGGGUUAUUGGUACAGAAAACUAGGACCCAGGACCCGUUCACUGGUGGGUUAUAAGUUUAGAAGUUCAUCCAGGAUAUUCUCAAUUCUAAGGCAACGCCCAUACUCUGGUUUCUCUUCAGAGCGCAUAAAUCUUUCGCUUUUUACUAAGGCAACGCCCAUCUACCCCGCAAACUAAUCGGUAGCCACAGAGUUCAGGCGAGUCAAUAUCUGGGGCAAUGGCACUGGCCCUGUUGGAGGACUGGUGUAAGAUCAUGAGUGUGGACGAGCAGAAAUCACUCAUGGUCAUGGGGAUACCGGUGGGCUGCAAUGAAGCCGAGAUUCAGGAGGUCCUCCAGGAGACUUUGAAGUCUCUGGGCAGGUACAGAGUGCUUGGCAAAAUAUUCAGGAAGCAGGAGAAUGCCAAUGCGGUGUUGGUAGAGCUUCUGGAGGACACUGACGUCUCUGUGAUCCCCAGCGAGGUUCAGGGAAAGGGGGGUAUCUGGAAAGUGAUCUUUAAGACCCCUAACCAGGACACUGAAUUUCUUGAAAGACUGAACCUCUUUCUAGAGAAAGAGGGGCAGACGGUCUCGGGAAUGUUCCGAGCGCUUGGGCAUAAGGGAGUGUCUCCAGUGGCCAGGCCCUGUGUCUCACCGGAGUUAUUGGCCCAUCUGCUGGGACAGGCAAUAGCACACACCCCUCAGCCUUUGCUCCCCAUGAGGUACCGGAAACUGAGAGUGUUCUCAGGGAGCGCUGUGCCCGCCCCAGAGGAAGAGCCCUUUGAAAUCUGGUUGGAACAGGCCACCGAGAUAGUCAAAGAGUGGCCGGUAGCAGAGGCAGAAAAGAAAAGAUGGUUGAUGGAAAGCCUUCGUGGCCCUGCCCUGGACCUCAUGCACAUAGUCCAGGCAGACAAUCCGUCCGUAAGUGUGGAAGAGUGUUUGGAAGCCUUUAAGCAAGUGUUUGGAAGCCUGGAGAGUCGUAGGACCUCCCAGGUGAAAUACCUGAAGACCUACCAGGAGGAAGGAGAGAAAGUCUCAGCGUACGUGUUACGGUUAGAAACCCUGCUGCGGAGAGCUGUGGAGAAGCGGGCCAUCCCGAGGAACAUCGCGGACCAGGUCCGCUUGGAGCAGGUCAUGGCCGGGGCGAGCCUCAGUGAGAUCCUCUGGUGCAGGCUUAGGGAGCUGAGAGACCAGGGGCCCCCUCCCAGCUUCCUGGACUUAAUGAAGGUAAUCCGCGAAGAAGAGGAGGAAGAGGCCUCUUUUGAAAAUGAGAAUACUGAAGAGCCAGAAGAUGGGGACGGCUAUGCCCACUGGGAUAACGGGGCCGGUGACUGAAACCCAACUCACGGGGGGACCCACAGCCGGCAGGGGAAGAGACAGCCAUUUUACCAGGCUGAGACCUUUUCAGUCUUUUUUUCUCUCAUUUACACAACCGAAAUCAAGGCAUUCAAGCCCGGUCUUGAUCCUUCUUUCUAAGAAAAAAAAUAUCUGAGAGUUUUUCGGACCCUACCUAGAUUAUUAAUAAACAAAAACUUAAAUUCCAAAUACAAGAGAGUACGCCUAAAGGAAUCGGAACCAGGUUUCCUUUAAAUACCCACCAAUAGACCAAAAGAAAGAAAUGAUGUGAGGAAAAAAAAAUCUUUUGUCAUCUAUGUAAAAAUCCAAGCUCUUUGAAUUAUCAAGUGUUUUCCUUUCUCACAUCAGCAAGAGUACCCAGUACACAUCUCUGAGUACCAAGCCACGUGAGGCAGUGUUCAAAGAGUUAACGGUCAUAAACCUACCAGCCCGGCCCUGCUCUCAGGGAGGACAUAGCCUCCGAGUAGGAAAAGCUAAAUACCCUUACGUGUAAACAAGUUCAUGACUCCAAUAGAAGCCAAGAGAAGUGUCGCUGCCAAAUGAGCACGACAUCUCUAUCUUAGGUUUCUCUCUUUUCUUACUUGGGAAGCACUUCCCGCUUCUCUGCUGGGUGUCAGAUAGAUGGUUCCAGGCAGUGUGUUGGGCCCUGAGGACACAGAGGUCCACAGUGUGAGGGACGUCCUCAAGAAAGGGUAGACAUCACAGGAGGGCCUGACGGAGCAUGGGGCCGCGCAGGCCAUGUUUGAAUUCAGGCCAGCCUGGAUAGAGAGGAGGAUUUUUAGUGGCAACAAAGGGCAAAGAGGAGAGGAAGAGAGCUCACAGUUACUGAGGACCUGCUCUGUUCUGGGCACUUUACACGUAUGUCAUGUUAUGUGUACAGCACCCCCAGUGUGGUAUAAUUAUGCUCAUUUUAAAAGAGAAGGGAAAAAAACUCAGAUGGGUUCCCUGGUCUGCUCAACAUCAAAAUGCUAUGAGGUGGCAGAGCCCAGACGGAAGUCCAGACCUCUCUGACACUGGCUAAUCCUCUCUCCACCAUGAUCGCGGUUUUCAAAUUGUGCUUUGUAGUUCUGCAGGGAUUUUUCAGCAGUUCUAUCUUGAAAAUGUAUGUUAAACUUUUAAAUCUCUAAUAAAUAACAGAUAGACACAAGCGUGUUGAUAUCCGAAUUUUAACACACUGGCAUUUACCAACAGGCUCGGUUUUGUUUUCAGAUUGACUCAUUUUGUACAGACCUUGGAAGAAAGGUUCCCUUGCGAUAUGUGAGCACACAUCCAAGCUUAUUUUAAUUCUUCAUAGAUUCAGGAAGCCAUAGCAUGUCAGAGGUGUUUAAAUCAGGCCCGUGCAUGUCCUGUGACGUCAAGUGUGCUUCAAGCAUAAAUGAGCAUCAUUCAGUUAAAUGCUAGGCAAGGCUCCAACACAACUGAUGUAUAACAUCAUGGUAGCUUUGUAUGUACAAUAAACGAGUGGCUUAACUUCUUGAAAUAUCAGUUUCCUCAUCAGAAAAAUGGGAGGACAACAGAAUAGGGUUGUUGCUAAGAUCAAAUGACAUAAUGCCUUUUAAGCACUUAGUGUGAUGUCUGGAACAUAGAAAGCCCUCAAUACAUCGAGACUCUUUUUAUUAUUUUCACAAUGCUUAUUGUCCGGUCAAUGCAUGCUCUCUUCCUUUUCUAACAGUCCUGCAGUAACAAGUAAAUAUGUAGUCUGCCUGUGAGGUUGUGACAACAUUGCAUUAGACACCGUUUUGGCUCUUGUGGUAAGUUUGAGUGCUUGUUGUCUGUUAUCUUUGUGAUAAAUUUUCCAGCCAUUGUUGACUAUUGUUAGUGAUUGUAAGAAAUAACUUCUUCUUUCCGAUUGUGAAUAAUUUUAACUGAAGAAUAUCCUGAGAUUGUAAGAAAAACAUUUUUUUAAAGAGGUACCGUUUGUGAUCAUUUAUCUAAGUUAUAUUUUUCAGUACUGUUCAACCAAAGUGAUACAACUGUCAUCCUACACACCCUGAUUUCAUGUGUUUUUUGUAGUCAUGAAAAUGGCCUUGUUGUUCUCAUGUAGUCACAGUAUGCAAAGUAAAGUGUUGUAAAUGUGAAGCUAUAAAAUAAAUACA